UCACAUGACUCGUUAGACAACAUGGCUGCGCCCGCGCUAGGGCUAGCUCGUAGAUGGUAUCCGGGGCGCAGUUGCAUCCUGUUGCUACCGCUGUUCUUGCUCCUGUGCGGGGCAGCGGGUGGCGAGGAGGCUCAGGCUGGUGCUGGCGCAGCGUCCCUUGCUGGCUCCUGCGGGUGCGGCGCUCCCCAGCGGCCCGGGGCCCACGGCAGCUCGGCAGCGGCGCACCGAUACUCGCGGGAGGCGAACGCCCCGGGCCCGGUCCCCGGAGAGCGCUCGCUUGCGUCCCCUAAGAUGGUCCGCAUCCCUGCUGGAGUAUUCACAAUGGGCACAGAUGAUCCUCAGAUACAGCAGGAUGGGGAAGCACCUGCCCGGAAAAUCACUAUCGAUGCCUUUUACAUGGAUGCCUAUGAAGUCAGUAAUGCUGAAUUUGAAAAGUUUGUGAACGCAACAGGCUAUUUGACAGAGGCUGAGAAGUUUGGUGACUCCUUUGUCUUUGAAGGCAUGUUGAGUGAGCAAGUGAAGACUGAUAUCCGACAGGCAGUGGCAGCUGCUCCUUGGUGGUUACCUGUUAAAAGUGCUAACUGGAGACACCCAGAAGGGCCAGACUCUACUAUUCUACACAGGCCAGAUCAUCCAGUUCUCCAUGUCUCUUGGAAUGACGCGGUUGCCUACUGUACAUGGGAAGGAAAGCGGUUGCCCACUGAAGCUGAAUGGGAAUACAGCUGUCGAGGAGGCCUGGAAAAUAGACUUUUCCCCUGGGGAAACAAACUGCAGCCAAAAGGUCAACAUUAUGCCAACAUUUGGCAGGGUGAGUUUCCCGAGAGCAACACUGGAGAGGAUGGCUUCCAAGGAACUGCACCCGUUAACGCCUUUCCUCCCAAUGGUUAUGGCUUGUACAACAUAGUGGGGAAUGCAUGGGAAUGGACCUCAGACUGGUGGACCAUUCACCAUUCUGCUGAAGAAACGGUUAACCCUAAAGGCCCCCCUUCUGGGAAAGACCGAGUGAAGAAAGGUGGAUCCUACAUGUGCCAUAAGUCCUACUGCUAUAGGUAUCGCUGUGCUGCUCGGAGCCAGAACACACCGGACAGCUCUGCUUCGAAUCUGGGAUUCCGCUGUGCGGCAGACCUCCUGCCCACCAUGGGCUAAUAGCCAGGAGGAGCCUUUCCUAAAUCCCAGAAGAAG